AUGUCGGCCAAAGAGCUGGCUUCACAUCGCAAACGAAUAGAACGACGUACAAGAAUCAUCUCAAAAGUAAUCGACAGACUUGUUCCUCUUCGUGUUCUCCUUUUCCUCGUCGGCUUUGGAUGGUUGUUGCUCCUGCCUUGGGACGGACUCAGCAGGCGGACAUGGAUAGACGAGAAUGCGCUCCAGCCCGGACAAGUAAACGUUGACUGGAGCUGGGCAGAUGUUAGAUUUGCAGACAUCAAGCUCGGCUUAUUGGAGGAUUUGUGGAGACGAAAUGCAUCCAGCGCAGAACGUGCAGAGUUUAUUUCUUCCCAGUUUCGUGAGCUGGGCAUUGCGUCGGCGACUCAACAAUACACCUUCUCGACUCCUACUGGCGACUUUGCCGGUGUCAACGCAUAUGGAACGUUCCGGUCCCCUCGCACGUCUGGAGCAGAGGCCAUAGUCAUCGUGGCCUCAUGGAUUUCUCGUGAAGACGAAGGUCAGAAGCGACAGCCAAAUCUUCGAGGAAUAGCGACUGUGUUGUCACUAGCAAAUAACCUUCGUCGCCAGUCAGUCUGGGCAAAAGAUCUCAUAUUUCUCGUGUCCGACUCGUAUCUGGAUGGAGCACACGCCUGGCUGAGUGAAUAUCAUGGGUCCAGUCAAAAGCCUCUCAAUGAUCCGGAACCUGCGGGCGUUAUUUGGACCGCCCUCGUAAUAGAUUAUCCAGGGCACUCUUUCAGUCACCUUGGCCUCUUCUUUGAGGGAACAAAUGGUCGCCUCCCCAACCAAGACUUGUCGAAUUCCCUAUCUGUCAUCUCUCGAAAUAUGGGUGUACCACUCGUGCUGUACGAUCACAAGGAUGAUCAAAUCCACCGCGGACCCGCAAUUUUGCAACCGCUUGCCGACCUCUUUGACAUUAAUCUGCCCGAUUAUGUACGCCGCGUCCGAAACAUUGGACGCCAUGUCUCUUAUCAGGCCAUUGGAGAACCAAGCGGCGUUCAUGGUCUUUUCCACCGGUAUCGCAUCGAUGCAAUCACGCUUUACACCGUUCCUGCAACAGGGCCUCAUGGCUUCCACUCCCUCGGAAGAGUGAUAGAAUCGCUUCUUCGAACUACAAAUAAUCUCCUCGAACGCCUCCAUGCAUCAUUCUUCUUCUACCUCUUCACCGCACCCAGCGAGUUUGCAGAGUUUGCACGCUACUUACCACCGGUUAUUAUCCUCGGUCUCGCAGCGAGCUUUGGAGGGCUCCAUCUCUAUGUCCAAACAGGGUGGAUUCAGCACGAAGAGCGGUCAGAGAAGGACGACGAAGAUGAUGAGGGAAAGCUGGUCUGGCAUAUGCGGGACAGACCCGUACUGGAAGUUUUGUGUAUCAUGGGUGCGACGCAUCUCGUCGGUAUCGCCACGCUCGCCAUCGUUCAUCAGGCUUGGUUUUGGGCUCUUGUACAGGAGGCUGAUUUGUCGCUCGCAAUCGGGAUCGUCAGCGUGCCGUCCGUGCUUCUCCUCCUCGCUGUUGGAGUCUAUUCCUUUGCGAUUCGGCCUUUACCGCCAACAACGCCAGCAUUACUCAAGGCACUCAACCUAUGCUGUCUUGGCGUCGUUAUCUCUGUUAUUGCCGUCGCCAACUUUAGCUUGAGCGUGACUAUUGCCGUUCUCGCGACAGUGCCGCUCUGCCUUGUUCCAGUACGACUGGAUCAACCUAUAACAGAAAAUGUAAGCAAGCUUGUCAAGCUUCAGCCGGUUCUUCGUCCAGCGGCGGUGGCAUUCGUUCUGCUCAUCAGUCCGAUGGGCUUACUGCAAUGCGCUAGGUCGUUGGGUGCCCUCUAUCCGACAUUGACAGACGUUGCGAUUUCAGGAUGGCUGAGGAGGAUACUCUGGGAAGCUGUCAUUCUCAAGACGUGGUUCGUCCCCAUCACUUGUGCGGUUUAUUUGCCACUUGUCCUUCAAGGUUUGGUUGUCUGCCUGCUACCUUUUUAA